AUGGGUGCUAGUCACAGCACCAACGUUAGUAAUAAUCAUUCUCAUUCUCGGAGUGCUUCUAAUCAUCUGAGCAACAGCUCUCGACACUCUUGUUCAGCUGAUCGAUUAUCUUGCAUUAGGGUUCCAAGGAGGAAUUACAUUCUAAUGGAUCCUCAUAAAAAGGUUGCACUGGAGACGGAGUUCUUUACAGAAUACGGUGAAGCCAGCCGAUACCAAAUCCAGGAAGUUAUAGGGAAAGGAAGUUAUGGGGUUGUGGCAUCUGCAAUCGACACACAUACGGGAGAAAAGGUGGCCAUAAAGAAAAUCAAUGAUGUGUUUGAGCAUGUCUCUGAUGCAACGCGGAUUCUAAGAGAGAUCAAGCUCCUCAGGUUGCUGCGUCAUCCUGAUAUAGUGGAGAUAAAGCAUGUGAUGCUUCCUCCUUCACGUAGAGAGUUCAGAGACAUUUAUGUUGUUUUCGAGUUGAUGGAAUCAGAUCUUCACCAAGUUAUCAAGGCGAAUGAUGAUCUUACACCUGAACAUUACCAAUUUUUCUUGUACCAGCUUCUCCGUGGUCUGAAAUUUAUACACACAGCCAAUGUGUUUCACCGUGAUUUAAAGCCCAAAAACAUUCUAGCCAACUCUGAUUGCAAGCUGAAGAUUUGCGACUUUGGGCUUGCCCGUGUGUCGUUUAAUGAUGCACCUUCGGCUAUAUUCUGGACUGACUAUGUCGCUACAAGGUGGUACCGUGCACCAGAACUUUGUGGCUCUUUCUUCUCCAAAUAUACUCCUGCCAUUGAUAUAUGGAGCAUAGGAUGUAUAUUUGCAGAAAUGCUAACCGGGAAGCCACUGUUUCCUGGGAAGAACGUGGUGCACCAGUUGGAUAUUAUGACUGAUUUGCUUGGUACUCCUCCACCCGAAGCGAUUUCAAGGAUUCGUAAUGAAAAGGCGAGGAGAUAUCUCGGCAAUAUGAGGAGAAAACCGCCAGUUCCAUUCACUCACAAAUUUCCUCAUGUAGACCCGUUGGCCCUUCGCUUGCUGCACCGUCUUCUUGCAUUUGAUCCCAAAGACCGUCCCACAGCCGAAGAGGCACUGGCAGAUCCUUACUUCUAUGGUCUGGCAAACGUGAAUCGGGAACCAUCUACACAACCGAUACCAAAACUUGAGUUUGAGUUUGAAAGAAGGAAGAUAAUGAAAGAAGACGUGAGAGAAUUGAUUUAUAGAGAGAUAUUAGAGUAUCAUCCUCAGAUGCUGCAAGAAUAUCUUCGAGGGGGAGAACAAACUAGCUUCAUGUACCCAAGUGGUGUUGAUCGGUUUAAGAGACAAUUUGCACAUCUAGAGGAACAUUAUGGUAAGGGUGAGAGAAGCUCUCCUCUUCAACAACGACACGCUUCUUUGCCUAGAGAGAGAGUGCCUGCUCCUAAGGAAGAGAAUGGAUCACAAAAUCACGAUAUCCAGAACAGACCUGCAGCUUCGUUAUCCACGACACUCGAAAGCCCACCAAAUUCUCAGCACGAGGGCUCAGAUUACAUGAAUGGAAUAAGCCAGACGGGUUACAGUGCCCGAAGCUUGCUGAAAAGUGCCAGCAUCAGUGCAUCUAAAUGCAUUGGCAUGAAACAAAGAAACAAGUCCGAGCUCGGGGAAUCGAACAAUGAUACGGUUGAUGGUUUGUCUCAAAAGGUUGCAGCUCUCCACACUUGA